AUGGAAUUAAAUCGUUUCACUUUUACCUACGAAUAUGUUUACAACUUGAUUGAUCGAGAAGUUAUCGAAGAUAUUAAUACAGUGUUUCCAGUCAUGGGUGGAUUAACGCUGCUUCAUAUAGCAACUUUCAAUAAUGACAAAAAAUUGGUGGAUUACCUGCUCCGCAAGAAAGCUGACGUAAAUUUACAAAGUCAAUAUUGGGGUACAGCUCUCCAUACUGCUGUUAUAAUGGAGUAUCUGGCUAUAACUGAAAGCCUAAUAAACUAUGGAGCAGACGUUAAUACUCGAUUACUUGGGCACUUCUGUAAGAAUUUGACCCGCUUCAGGUACGCAGUUGAUCAAAAUGACGAAGAAAUUCCUGAGUUUUUAUUGAAACGAGAUGAGGAUGCGAGUUCGAUCUUGAAUCAGUGUAAAUUGUGUAUUGCCAAAACACCAUUACAAAUCGCUGUCGAUCAAAGUAAAGAAGAAAUGGUAGAGCUACUUUUAAAAGGUAAUGCUGAUCCGAAUCUUAAUACUCAUAUUUGUGGAACACCACUAAUCUGUGCAAUUAAUAAAGGAAAGUUACCGAUUAUAAAGCUUCUUCUGACAUACGGUGCAGAUGUUAACAGUCUAAGUGUUCCUGGUAAUUUACAAGCAAGCCCGCUACAUUUAGCUGUCGAUAUCCGAAACUCGGAAGCAGUAGAAUUGAUCUUAAAUGAUUGUGUCGUUGAUAUAAAUAUAGUGACAGUGCAUAAAAAUUCAGCGCUUCAUUACGCAGUUUUCGCGAAAGACGAUAAUAUCAUAAGACAACUUCUUAAUGCUGGUGUUGAUAUUAAUUUAAAAAACGUUGAUGGUGAAACAGCAUUUACUUUAAAAGUAAUUCAUUCACAAAAAGUUAAUGACACAAUUACCGAACAUAUUGCAAAACUCAGUGCGGCGAACUUUUAUGUCAAUGAACAAAAUUUAGCAGUCGUACAUAAGAAAAAAUUCGGUGAAUUACGCGACCAGUGUUUAAGUGAAAUUGAAAAAAUGAAGAUAACAUAUGUUGGUACGAGUAAUGUUACAAUUUAUAAUGUUUUGUGUAAUAAAUGUGAGCACAAAUUAGCUGAGUUCAAAGAAAAAGACGAGCUACGGUGGAAAACAACUAGAACAGGCACUGGUCAAAGUGAAGGCAGGUAUGCCUGUACGAACAGCUGCCUUGAAGUUCAACAUUCCGAAAACUACGCUACUUUAUAA